AUGUAUAGAGAAACAAAACACAUACCCAAACAUAUACUUACACACCCAGAUACAAAUUCAUCGAUUCUUACAUCAAACCGUUCGGUUAAUAAAACUAGUAAGGACACUAGUCAGGACACUGGUCAGUACACUAGUCAGUACACUCGUCAGUACACUCGUCAGGACACUAGUCAGGACACUCGUCAGUACACUAGUCAGUACACUCGUCAGUACACUAGUCAGUACACUCGUCAGUACACUCGUCAGUACACUCGUCAGUACACUAGUCAGUACACUCGUCAGUACACUAGUCAGUACACUAGUCAGUACACUAGUCAGUACACUCGUCAGUACACUAGUCAGGACACUCGUCAGUACACUAGUCAGUACACUCGUCAGUACACUAGUCAGUACACUAGUCAGUACAAUCGUCAGUACACUCGUCAGGACACUCGUCAGUACACUAGUCAGUACACUAUUCAGUACACUCGUCAGUACACUAGUCAGGACACUCGUCAGUACACUAGUCAGUACACUCGUCAGUACACUAGUCAGUACACUAGUCAGUACACUCGUCAGUACACUCGUCAGGACACUCGUCAGUACACUAGUCAGUACACUCGUCAGUACACUAGUCAGUACACUCGUCAGUACACUAGUCAGUACACUAGUCAGUACACUCGUCAGUACACUAGUCAGUACACUCGUCAGGACACUAGUCAGGACACUAGUCAGGGCAUUAGUCAGAACACGUAG